AUGGCCAUUAAAUCACUCCGUAUCCGAGUCUCUAUUGACAGAGGCGGAACUUUCACCGAUGUCCACGCCUCAAUCCCCGGCAGAGAAGACAUCAUCCUCAAACUUUUAUCCGUCGAUCCCGCCAACUACCAAGAUGCCCCGACAGAAGGCAUCCGAAGAAUCUUGGAGCUGGUGACGGGCCAGCAGCUCCCUCGGGGCCAACCCCUCGACCUCUUCCACUUUGAGUCCAUUCGCAUGGGCACCACAGUCGCCACAAAUGCCCUCUUGGAGCGCAAAGGCGAGAAAGUCGCCCUGGUUACGACCAAGGGCUUCCGCGACCUCUUGGCUAUCGGCAACCAGUCUCGGCCACAGAUUUUUGAUCUAUCAGUGUCACGGCCAGAGGUUCUCUACGAUUAUGUAGUGGAGGUGGAUGAGCGUGUGACUAUGGAAGAUUACACAGAAGAUCCAAAUUGCAACAAGACAAUUCCUACAGGAGAAGAUUCACAGCUCGUCACGGCAGUCACUGGCGAGACUAUCCGGGUUUUACAAGAGCCCAAUCUCAGCGCGGUUCAGAAACAGCUCGAAGACGUCUGGAGGCAGGGCUUCCGCUCCGUUGCCAUAGUAUUCAUCCAUUCCUACGCCUUUCCUAAUCACGAGCUUCUUGUCGGGAAGAUGGCUCUCGAGAUGGGCUUCUCCGUCACAUUAUCAUCAGAGCUCCAGCCCAUGAUCAACGUGGUGCCCAGAGGAACAUCAGCCAUAGCAGAUGCCUACCUAACUCCCAUCAUCAGAAACUACAUCAGCUCCAUCGAGGCAAAUUUCCGCGGUGGCUUCUCUUCAGCAGAUACACGAAUCGAAUUCAUGCAAUCUGACGGAGGCCUCGCAGACUACCGCAAAUUCAGCGGCCUCAAGGCUAUUCUCUCCGGCCCAGCAGGCGGUGUUGUUGGCUACGCCCAGACAUCGUGGGAUGAAGAGGAGAAGAAGCCCAUCAUUGGCUUUGACAUGGGCGGUACAUCCACAGACGUAUCCCGAUAUGCGGGCGUCUAUGACCAUGUUUUCGAAACCACCACUGCAGGCAUCUCCAUCCAGUCGCCACAGCUCGACAUCCACACCGUUGCUGCUGGCGGCGGCUCCAUCCUCUCAUGGAGAAACGGGCUAUUCAACGUGGGACCAGAGUCAGCCUCUGCUCAUCCCGGCCCAGCGUGCUACCGCAAGGGCGGCCCAUUAACCAUCACAGACGCCAAUCUGUUCCUUGGCAGAAUCCUGCCAGAGUACUUCCCCAAAGUGUUUGGCCCCAAGGAAAACGAGCCGCUGAACCGCGAAAUUGUCGAGACCAAGUUUGCAGAACUCACAGAUGAGAUCAACAAAGACAGAAAAGCCUCCGGACUUACACUAUUCACGCCGGAAGAAGUUGCACUUGGUUUCUUGAAAGUUGCCAAUGAGGGCAUGGCUGGACCCAUUCGAGCUCUCACAGAAGCCCGUGGCUACGACGCUGCCGACCACCAUCUUGCGUGUUUUGGAGGUGCUGGCGGCCAGCAUGCUUGCGCAGUAGCCAACGUCUUGGGCAUCUCUCGCAUCAUCCUGCAUAAAUACUCCUCCAUCCUGUCCGCUUACGGCAUCUCGUUAGCAGACGUCGUUCACGAGACUCAACGGCCUGCGGCGAUAGUCUACAGCCCAGAGACAGAAAGUGAAAUCCGAUCGCAGCUUGAAAAUCUAGCUCAGCAAGCAACAGACGCUCUCUUUAAGCAAGGAUUCGCCGUCAACCAGAUUUCUCACAAUUCGUACCUUAGCAUGAGAUACGCUGGCUCAAACAGCUCGCUCAUGAUUCUCAAGGGCCAAGACUGGAACUUUAAGCGGGAGUUUGAAGACGCCCACAAGCGGAGUUUCGGGUUUCAUUUCCCAGAGAAGGACAUUAUUGUAGAUGACAUCCGUAUUCGAGCUAUUGGAGGGACGGGCACGAAAGAGAUCAAAACUCCAUUUGCUCAGCUCAGAAAGAUCCAGGGUACGAGUAUCCCUUCGCCCAGCGCAGAUGGAACCAAUUCGGUUUACUUUGAAGGCUCCGGACACGUAGAUACUCCCAUUUACGAGCUCCAGAAGCUUUCCGAGGGAUCACAGGUCGCAGGUCCGGCACUCAUCAUCGACAACACCCAGACCAUCGUCGUCGCUCCCGGAACAACAGCCACCAUCCUGGACAGCUACGUCGUCAUCGACGGCGCACUCAACACCAAAACAGUAUCAAAGUCAAAAGACGGAGAGGAAGAAUUCAGCCCCAUCCAGCUCACAGUUUUUGGCCACAGAUUCAUGGGUAUCGCCGAGCAAAUGGGCCGCACACUGCGACGGACCGCCGUAUCAACCAACAUCAAGGAGCGCCUCGACUUCUCAUGCGCAAUCUUUAGCCCCGACGGCGGCCUUGUCGCCAAUGCGCCACACGUUCCAGUGCACCUGGGCUCCAUGCAAUUCGCCGUCCAGUAUCAGCAUCGCCUGUGGGAGGGCAAGCUCCGUGAUGGCGACGUCCUCAUGUCGAAUCACCCUUCAUGCGGCGGCACGCAUCUUCCCGACAUCACAGUCAUUACUCCUGUGUUUGACGGCGAUGAACUCGCUUUCUACGUUGCCUCUCGCGGCCAUCACGCUGACAUUGGCGGUAUUCUUCCAGGCUCCAUGCCACCAACCUCCACGGCGCUAUGGCAAGAAGGUGCCGCUAUACAGUCCACCAAGCUCGUCAGCCAAGGCCGCUUCGACGAGGCAGAAGUCAUCAGGCUAUUGUUAGAAGAGCCGGCCCAGUACGAUGGCUGCUCAGGCACCCGUAGACUACAAGACAACAUCUCCGAUCUCAAGGCACAAAUCGCCGCCAACGCAAAGGGCAUUGCUCUCAUCAAGGGCCUCAUUGAAGAAUACGGCUUGCCUUGCGUGCAUCGAUACAUGUACGCCAUUCAGCACACGGCAGAGGCCGCUGUGCGAUCUCUCUUGAAAAAGACGCUCGCCACAUACGGCUCAGAACCUCUUACAGCAACGGACUACAUGGACGACGGAACACCAAUCGCUCUCUCCAUCAGCAUUUCUCCUGAUGGCUCUGCUGUCUUUGACUUUACCGGCACAGGCCCUCAUGUGCUAGGCAAUACAAAUGCCCCUAUCGCCAUCACCCAUUCCGCCAUCAUCUACUGUCUCCGCUGCCUCGUAUCAUCGUCCAUCCCCCUCAACCAGGGCUGUCUAACACCCAUCAAGAUUGUCAUCCCCGAAGGCACCAUCCUAACUCCCGGCGACGGUCUCGCAGUCGUAGGAGGCAACGUCCUCACCUCUCAACGCGUAACAGACGUCGUCCUCCGCGCAUUCAACGCCUGCGCCGCCAGCCAAGGCUGCUGCAACAACCUCACCUUUGGCACCGGCGGCAAGGACCCCGUUACGGGAGAGCACAAGGAGGGCUUUGGCUACUACGAAACCAUUGCAGGCGGUUCAGGCGCUGGGCCCGACUGGAUCGGCCAGAGCGGCGUUCACACACACAUGACCAACACGAGGAUCACAGACCCGGAGGUCUUUGAGAAGCGAUAUCCGUGCAUCUUGCGUCGUUUCGAGCUGCGCCAAGGCUCAGGCGGAAAAGGACGCAACAGAGGCGGCGAUGGAACAGUCAGAGAAAUUGAGUUCCGCGUCCCUGUCCAGUGCUCUAUUCUCAGUGAGAGAAGAUCCCGACGCCCAUACGGCAUGGAGGGCGGAGGCGACGGCGAGGCUGGUCUGAACUGCGUCAAGGUUACAGAUGCGGCAACAGGACUGAAGAGGGUGAUUAAUCUGGGUGCAAAGGCCACUACAAGGCUGGGCCCUGGAGAGAGCGUUGUGAUUCAAUCUCCUGGAGGAGGAGCCUGGGGGGUGAUUGAGGCGUAG